AUGGAGGCGAGCGAAACCCCGCCCGCCACGGUCAAGAAUCGCGUGGUCGACUGGCGUCUCCCGGCCGAUUGGGUCUACGAGGAUGACGGCAUCGUCAUUAACCACGUCAUCCGAGUCAUGCGCGCCCAAGCAGACGAUGUCUUCGCCUGGAAGAAUUUGGGAACUGUGAUGGAGCAGUGCGCCAUGCGCGCAUACAGCUUCUGCUUCAAGAAAGGAUACAAGAGGGUCAGCAUGGACUUCACUCUCUACUGCGUCAUGAGGCUCAUCUGGACCCGUCACCUGAAAUUCACCCCAGAGCAGUGGAACGAGAAUGAAUUCGGUGGCAUUUCGACGCUGGAUGGUCGACCUGGUAUCGUCGUCGACGACGGUUAUACCGAGUGGCUGGAGAAGAACGAGCCCGAGUUCUUCAACAAGAAUAAGAAUGCGAUCCUCGGCAAGAAGCCAGUGUCCACCCGAGUUCCCGUUCGCGUCCCGGCUCCGACUCGUGCCUUGGCUCCCGCUCCGACUCCUGCUGUUACACCGGCCCGAACUCCCGCCCCGGCACCCGCCCUCCUGCCUAUGAAGAAGGAUACUCCCGCAAGCGCGCAGCCGCCGCCAGCCAAGGCCGCCGUCAGUGUCGCUCAGCACGUCAGCAAGCCUCACAUCCCAGAGGAGGAAGCGGCUCUCAAAUCCAGCGAAACGCGGGCACGAUGGUACCGAAAUCUACGAAAACUGUGCACCAAGUCUGAUUCGCCCGACUACAGCAAGCUGGGCCCAGAGCACGAGAAGUUCGAGGUCUUGCUUCCGCGGGGCAUCGAUCAUGAACGCUGUUACCGAAGUGUCAUUAGCCAGGCGCACAGUUUGCUCAUCCCGGGUCUGCGCGUUGUUUGGUUUCAGAGAGGGGAAGACGUCUUUCUCGUCCCACACAUGGAGGCCGACUACUCGCACGCUCUCAUACGGUGCUACAUCGAGUUGUGGAACAACCUCAGCUACUAUGCCCGAUACCUGACAACCGCCGAGCAUCCCAUGUCCCUUUUCGCCUUCCUGAACAAGGAGCAGCAUGAUUUGGUAGCCAUCAUGUUCAAUGCCUCAGGCGACAACUGCAUGGCAGUGCGGGCUGCAAUGCUGUCCAGAGCGCCCCCCAAGAAGGAUCCCGAGGUGGAGCGUCGGGAGUUGGUUCAGAAGCGCACGAUUGCGGAGCUCGAGCCGACCCAGUCCGACGAGCCCAUUACGAAGAAAGCCAAGAAUCACCACUGA